AUGUCGUCCAAGAUCAAGGAUGGACUUUUCAUGGGGGACAUGGACGCAGCCCAGGAUGCAGAUUUCCUGCAGCUGAACGGGAUCAUGCACAUUGUCAACUGUGUGCCUCGCCAGGUGCCCAACAUUUUCCAACAGAGUCUAGGUCUGACCUACACGGCGUGCGACUUGGAGGACGUACUGCGUCGACCUUUCUUCGACCUCAAGAACCGCGAGUUCACACACAUUAUCCAGCUGAUCGAUCGAGCGCUCGAGCGGACCGAGAGUGUGUUGGUGCACUCGUUGAACGGUAUCAACCGCAGUCCAAGUAUCAUGAUCGGGUACCUGAUGGUGAAAUACUGCUGGGGACUAGAUAAAGCCCACGAGUUUGUGAUGACCAAGCGCGCAGACAUGAAGCUGCACGAGUCGUACAUCGACCAGCUUUGCUCGUUAGAAGCACAGGUUCAAGAAGAUCGUCCAAAACAGGCAACCGAACGGCAGAUGUACGAGUGGAGCACACAUGCGGCAGACUCAAAGACCGACGAGGUGGUGCUCAUUCACACAUUCCUGAAUACUUCAGCUAAGCCUGAUGCAAGUGCAGUACCAGAGCGGCGACGAGAUACGAGUAAGCGGUAUCGUGAGCGGCGGUUGACUUGGAUUGACCAAACCCCUGAAAUGAGGAAACUACACCCGUCAUUGCUCAUUCGACCGGAGCGACCUCCCAACAGUUCGUACAACAAGAUGACUGCGGCAAAUGGGUGGGUAGACUUGCUUGACCCUUCGCCAGCACUUGCAAAUCAAGCGAAGGUCAAGGAAAUGGUACCAGAAGAGAUUCUUCGUUCCGCUCGAGUGGCUUUUGCCGACCUGUCCACUACAGGCCUAAGUUCCAAGCUCGACGCACUGCCAUCGAGCAGAUAUAUGGACGAACCGGAGUUUGACUUGGGAGUGUCAGAAACUCCGAUGGUGCACAGCAUCAAGCGGCUCCACUCUUUUUCGGCGCCAAAGAGGACCGAGGUGUUAGACGACACGGCGUCUUCAUCUCCAUCAACAGCCAGCGAAGAGCUCGACUUCAUGCCAGAAGUGUCCAACCCUCGAUAUCUUCGUGGAACUGUAUCAUCUACCAACUCUCGUCCUCGGCGUUUAUCGAGUACUGGCCCCAGUACUUCAAAGCGAUCAUCGGCGACUUCAACCAAGCGUGCGUCACUGCCAACAAAUGGACGCACUUACGAUACUAAGACGUCGAAUACUGCAUCGAAAGGAGUAGUCAAGAAGACGACAAAGACAACCACAGCCUCGAACUCCCGAGCUGCGUCAACAACAACACCCAGAGGCCGUGUAUUCUUCAGCGCUGACUUCCCUCCGCCCUCAUCGACAACGCGUAGCCGCAAUGGUCACAUUUUGACAGGAUCAACUCGACUCUCAAUGACCGAUCCGACACCGACACGUCCUCGAACGGCACCGCCGCGUAUUCGCACUGACGUCGAGACGAAGGAUUUAUUGCAAAGCAAGAAGGUCGAGCUGGGCGGUUUUAGUCGAAUCACUAUCGACCCAAAGCCAUCGUACCGCAUGCACUCGUCCUUGGACUUUACAAAUGGCAUCAGUAUGGAUCCCAACGUCUCCAGUGGCUCUUCAACCCGUGGUACGCGACGGACGUCAGCUUCCAAUGCCACUGGGUACGGCCGACCCAAAACAGCUCGAGCGUCGUGGCGGUAG